CUUUUUCUCAUUUUUCUCCUACCCUCAGGCCUCAGUUACAGUGGUUAACCUCAAAACCUACCGUCCGGAAAACAAAAAAUAUGAAAACCAAAACCUCUCUAGAAACACCACUCUGGUGCAGCUUUUGACGCUACUGAGUCACCCACUCAAUCCUUCUCUGUUCAAUCGGUUGCUAUAUAUAGCCAUAAGCCAUUGCUUCGAUAAGAAUAUGAGAAGUAUCCUCUCUACUCUCUCUCUCACUCGCCCAUUCUCUUCUUCUGCUUCUAAAAGAAACCUCAAAUCCAAUAGCUUCAUUUUCCUUCGCUCCUCUUCAUUUCUCCAUUUCUCUCCUUCUCCUUCGUCUUCUUCUUCCAUUUCUCAUUUAAACAUGUCUCAGAGGAGGGGCGGGCAUACAGAGCAACAGCCAUCUGUAGAACAGUCUUCUCCUUCAUCGGUGGCAGCGGUUACCGAUAGAAUUGGUGUAUUGAGUAUCGCGGAAACCAGUGGGCAAAUUCAUGUUACGGCGUCGUCGCCCAUACAGUAUGGUAUUAAUCAGGGUAACUUGCUUGGUCAAAAGGCAAUAUGGAAGCCUAAAUCUUAUGGAACAGUAAGUGGAGGUGGAGUUUCGACUGAGGAAGUUGAGAAGGUGCCUUUUAAUGGAAGUGAAGUACAAAAUAGUGCGUCAGCUGCAACCGUGGCAUCUCCGAGAGUUGGUGUUAGUUUAAGUCAAUUAUUUAAGGGUAAUUUAUUGGAAAAUUUUGUGGUGGAUAAUUCCACGUAUUCGCAAGCCCAAAUUAGAGCCACUUUUUAUCCCAAAUUUGAAAAUGAGAAGUCCGAUCAGGAGAUUAGGAUCAGAAUGAUAGAGAUGGUAUCAAAUGGGCUGGCUACAUUGGAGGUCACACUCAAACAUUCUGGGUCUCUUUUUAUGUACGCGGGUAACAAGGGCGGAGCAUAUGCAAAAAAUAGCUUUGGGAAUAUAUACACUGCUGUGGGCGUAUUUGUCCUUGGACGAAUUUUUCAUGAGGCAUGGGGAACUGCAGCUGCAAAAAAGCAGGCAGAGUUCAAUGAAUUUCUUGAGAAAAACAGGAUUUGCAUAUCAAUGGAAUUGGUGACUGCUGUUCUAGGAGACCAUGGGCAGCGUCCCCGAGAAGAUUAUGUUGUGGUGACAGCAGUCACAGAAUUAGGCAAUGGAAAGCCAAAGUUCUACUCAACUCCUGAAGUGAUUGCCUUUUGUCGGAAAUGGCGUCUUCCAACAAAUCAUGUUUGGCUGUUCUCAACAAGGAAAUCAGUGACUUCUUUUUUUGCUGCCUAUGAUGCGCUAUGUGAAGAAGGAACUGCAACCUCUGUAUGUAGAGCUCUCGAUGAAGUUGCUGAUAUUUCUGUACCAGGUUCAAAAGACCAUGUAAAGGCUCAGGGCGAAAUCUUAGAGGGUCUUGUAGCUCGUAUGGUAAGUCCUGACAGCUCAAAAGACAUUGGGGAGGUCUUGAGAGAAUUUCCUCCACCAGCUGAAGGAGCUGGCCUUGAUUUGGGACCUGGUCUAAGGGAAAUUUGUGCUGCAAAUAGGGCAGAUGAAAAACAGCAAAUAAAAGCACUACUUCAGAAUGUUGGCUCCUCUUUUUGCCCUGACAAGUCAGACUGGUUUGGGAUAGAAGGUGUUGAUAUCCAUUCAAGAAAUGCAGAUCGAUCUGUCGUUUCAAAAUUUUUACAAGCUCACCCUGCUGAUUUUGCAACCUCGAAGUUGCAGGAAAUGAUUCGUUUGCUGAGAGAAAGACGCUUCCCAGCUGCUCUUAAAUGUUACCAUAACUUCCAUAAAAUUGAUUCUGUGUCAAGCGACAACCUUUUCUAUAAGAUGGUCAUUCAUGUCCACAGUGGUUCAGGAUUUCGGCGAUAUCAAAAAGAGAUGAGGCAUAAGCCUGAAUUAUGGCCAUUAUAUCGAGGAUUUUUUGUUGAUAUUAAUUUAUUCAAGGCCAGCAAGGAGAAAGCUAUUGAAAUUGCAAAACACAAAAAUAACAUGGGGGGAAGUGUUAAUGGUGAUGAUGGCAUAUCUGCAAAAAACAGUAUAGCUGAUGAAGAUGCAAAUUUAAUGAUCAAAUUGAAAUUUCUUACAUACAAGUUGAGAACUUUUUUGAUCCGCAAUGGUUUGUCAAUUCUUUUCAAGGAUGGUCCAUCUGCUUACAAGGCCUACUACUUGAGACAAAUGAAAAUAUGGGGCACCUCAGCAGGAAAGCAGAGAGAACUCAGCAAGAUGCUUGAUGAAUGGGCUGUAUACAUCCGAAGAAAAUAUGGGAAAAAACAGUUGUCAUCCUCAAUAUACCUGAGCGAAGCUGAGCCUUUCCUUGAACAGUAUGCAAGUAGAAGUCCACAGAAUCAGGCUCUGAUUGGAUCUGCUGGAAGCUUAAUCAGGGCUGAAGAUUUCUUGGCCAUUAUAGAAGGAGACAGGGAUGAAGAGGGUGAUCUUCAGACAGAACGGGAGGUGGGACCCCCAAGCCCUAUUUCCCCAGUCAAGGAUGCUGUUCAAAAGAAUGAGGGUUUGAUUGUAUUCUUUCCAGGAAUACCGGGUUGUGCAAAAUCUGCACUUUGCAAGGAAUUACUGAAUGCACAUGGAGGACUUGGGGAUGAUCGUCCAGUCCAUAGUUUAAUGGGGGACCUUAUCAAAGGCAGGUAUUGGCAGAAAGUUGCUGAGGAGCGCAGGAGAAGACCAUAUUCUAUAAUGCUUGCUGACAAAAAUGCACCAAAUGAAGAAGUUUGGAGACAGAUUGAAGAUAUGUGCCGCAGCACCCAAGCUUCGGCUGUUCCUGUUGUUCCUGAUUCUGAAGGUACGGAUUCUAAUCCUUUUUCUCUCGAAGCAUUAUCUGUUUUCAUUUUUCGUGUUCUUCAACGAGUUAAUCAUCCGGGCAAUCUGGACAAAGAAUCUCCAAAUGCUGGCUAUGUGCUUUUGAUGUUUUAUCAUCUUUAUGAUGGCAAGAGUCGAAAAGAGUUUGAGAGUGAAUUAAUUGAACGUUUUGGCUCUAUAGUGAAGAUGCCAUUGCUCAAAUCAGAUAGGAGACCUUUCCCGGAUCCUGUGAGGUUGAUUCUGGAGGAGGGAAUAAAUCUAUAUAGGCUUCAUACAAACAGACAUGGAAGAUUGGAGUCCACCAAGGGGUCAUAUGCAAAGGAGUGGGCGAACUGGGAGAAGCGAUUGCGUGAGGUUUUAUUUGGGCAUGCUGAGUAUCUGAAUUCCAUUCAGGUUCCGUUUGAGACUGCAGUUAAGCAAGUACAGGAACAACUAAGAAGUAUUGCUAAGGGUGAAUACAUAACACCAAUUACUGAGAAGAGGAAACUGGGAACAAUUGUUUUUGCUGCUGUCAGUUUGCCUGUUACAGAAAUCUCCAAUUUUCUCAACGAUUUGGCUCAGAAGAACGCGAAGGUCGAAACUUUUCUUCAGGAUAAGGACAUGGUGCACAACCUCAAGAAGGCUCACGUGACUCUUGCCCACAAGAGAAGUCACGGUGUUGCUGCAGUAGCAAGCUACGGACUCUUUCUUCAUCAGAAGGUCCCUGUACAGUUGACUGCACUUCUCUUCACAGACAAAAUGGCUGCACUAGAGGCAGAACUGGGUUCUGUUGAUGGCGAAAAAGUAGUUUCAAAAAACGAGUGGCCCCACGUUACCAUAUGGACUGGAGAGGGAGUAGCACCGAAGGAAGCCAACACGCUACCCCAGUUGGUCACAGAGGGGAAAGCUACUCGUGUUGAAAUCAGUCCACCUAUCACCAUAUUUGGCACACUAGAAUUUUAUUGAGUUCUUUUUUCUCUCCUUUUCUUUUUGUUUUCCCACUUAUUGGUCUAGAAAUGGCUUCGAACUUUGUUCAUAGUACAAUUUCAGUUAUAAAAUUUUGCAGGUACUAGGUAGAGUGCAAAAGAUUACAGGAGAUCCUUUUCAUUGUUAGGAGCCGAGUUAUAUGAGCUGCUGAGAUAUUGUGUACAGGCGAAAAUGAACCAAAUAUGAAAUAUUGAAACUUUUCUACUAGGUUAAGAAGAAAAUUUCUACUAGGAUUGAAUCAUUUAACUGCUGCUGCAAUUUUUAUUUUUCCAAAGGAUGAAGUGCUAUUCAGUCAUUGAGUUAUUAUCGAAUU